AUGUUCUUGCGACAUGUUUUGCUAAAUGUAAAAUCGACUAUUCGUCUAAGUCCUCAAACAAUUGAUAGGCUUAUUCGUCGUUCAUUAGCAGGUCAUGCGAAAAAUUCCAGUUCCCAAAAAAUUUCUUUGGAAGAUAAAAAUAGCGAAACGGACGGAAAAACUGUUCAACCAAUUAUUGAAACAAAAGGUGUUCGAAAAGAACGUGAAAAAGCUGAUUUUGAACGAUUAUCAGUUGUUGAAAGAAUAACGAAAAAAUAUCUUCCAUCUCAUCUUAAUUCAAUUGUUAUUUUUGCCAUUGUUGGUAUUGGUUAUGUUAUUUAUGAGCAAGUAAAAAAUGAUUUUGAAAUUAAAUAUACAUUCCGCUUUGGUUCAUGUCCAAAUUUUAAAUUUCCUGAAGAUCAAUUACUUGAACGAAAAGAAUUAUUAGAUACUCUUACAUCGAUUGUUACACCUGUUCCCGAUAAACUUGUUUCAUCAUAUUAUAUUGUAGUUGGUGAUCAUGGUACAGGAAAAACUACAUUGAUUCGUCAAGCAGCACGAAAAGCUGGUGGAGGUGUUAUUUAUGUUGAUGUUCCAUCUAAUGUUGAAAAAUUUGGUGCUUCUUUUGCUCGUGCAAUACGAUUUAAUUUCAAGGAACAUCUUCGUUUAUCAACAUGGAUUGAAUCAAAAAUGUUUGGUUCACCACCUGAUGAAGGCAAAGAAGCAAGUUGGGAACGUGUAUUAAUGUCAUUUCGAAAAUAUGCACAUCAUUAUAGGAAGAAACAUGGUCGUGUACCUGUAUUAAUCUUUGAUAAUUGUGAUUCACUUGCAAAAAAAGAUCAAAAAAUGCUUGAAGCAUUACAAGAUUCAGCAAAAACAGCAAUUGAUGAUUCGCAAUGGAUUACAGUAUUUGUUGCAUCAAUUGGAGAAACACCAGAACAAAUGGAAGGUCGAAGUAGUAUUACUCGUGCUUCGUCAUUUAUUCAAAUCACCGAUUUAUCGGAAGAAGAAGCUAUGACUUAUUUAACAGAAAAACGGCAUUUAUCAAAAGAUUUGGCACACGAUUUGUAUGCUUUAUAUGGAGGACGUCUAAAAAGUUUACAAAAAGCUGCAACUAAAAUUGAUCAUGGUUUAUCAUUUUCUAAUAUUCGUACAGCAAAUUUAAAUGACAUUAGACGUCGAUUAGAAAAAAUCAGAUGUCGAGCAACGACUCAAGAAGAAGUAUUUAUUUUCAAUGUUCUUUGUGGUUUAUUACAUAAAUCUGAAUUAACUGUUGAUGAAUUAAUUCAUAUGGAAGAAGAUGUUAGUAUAAGACAGAAAGUUUUAGAAGAACUUUGUCAUGAAACAAUUCUUACCCGUACUGUUUCAAGCGGUGCAUAUAUAUUCCAUGGACAAUCAGCAAAAGUUUGCGUUGAAGAAUUUUAUAAAGAAAAAAAAUGUUUCCGAUGCAAAUCGAUAAAAGAUAUGCUAUUCUAA